AUGGCUACUAACGUGGCGCUCGAGACAACAAUGGGCACCAUCACUGUCGAACUAUAUGAGAGCCACGCACCCAAGACCUGUCGCAACUUCUCCACCCUCGCCUCGCGCGGCUACUACAAUGAUGUCCUCUUCCACCGCAUAAUACCCAACUUCAUGCUCCAAACCGGGGAUCCCACCGGCACCGGCCGUGGCGGGUCCAGCAUCUACGGCGAAAAGUUCGAGGACGAGAUAAGUCCCAGCUUGAAGCAUACAGGAGCAGGUAUUUUGAGUAUGGCGAACUCAGGGCCGAACACGAACGGCAGCCAGUUCUUCAUCACGCUGGCUCCGACGCCCUGGUUGGAUGGGAAACACACGAUCUUUGGGCGGGUGAAGGCGGGGUUGAGGGUUGUGCAGCGGAUGGGGCUGGUCAAGACUGGAAAGGAGGAUCGGCCGGUUGAGGAGGUGAAGAUUAUCAGGGCCAGGGUGCUUGAGAAAGAUGAGGAGGAGGUGUGA